GAGUCUUCUCUCGCCGCCGCCGCCUGCAGUCUGCAGCCCCCAGGACCCUCCGCCCCACUGCCUCCGCCUCGCCGCCGCGCCAUGCCGUCGGAGAAGACCUUCAAGCAGCGCCGCACCUUCGAACAAAGAGUAGAAGAUGUCCGACUUAUCCGAGAGCAGCAUCGUACCAAAAUCCCAGUGAUCAUCGAACGGUACAAGGGUGAGAAGCAGCUUCCUGUCCUGGACAAAACCAAAUUCCUUGUACCUGACCAUGUCAACAUGAGUGAGCUCAUCAAGAUCAUUAGGAGGCGCUUACAGCUCAACGCUAACCAGGCCUUCUUCUUGUUAGUGAACGGACACAGCAUGGUGAGUGUGUCCACACCGAUUUCUGAAGUGUAUGAAAGUGAGAAGGACGAAGACGGAUUCCUGUAUAUGGUCUACGCCUCUCAGGAGACAUUCGAAGUGAAAUCGUCUGUGUAAGACUAGAAAAAUGCAUCUGUUCUUGAAUUUUUUUAAACCCUUACCAAGGGGAAAAAAAAAAAGGGAUAUUAGCAACUGAGGGUUGAUCAGAUCAUCCAGUCACAGAUCAUCCAAACAGUAGUGUUCCUGCCUAGGAGUUUUAGGAAGUUGUUUUGUACCGCAAGCAG